AUGGAAGAUGCCGCCUCUGCGUCUGUUGCGCAGCCGUCCUCAGCGACCUCCUUCCUCCGCCUCCUGGGCCUCCUCAAGCUGCCCGACGCCGACCCCGAUCCCGACCCCUUCCCGACUCGCCACCUCGAGCUCGACGAGAGUGACGUGGUUUGGUCAUCCUCCUCCGAAGAGCUCUCCUCCUCGCCCUCCCCGUCCUCCUACGACGACCGUGAUUCCGUCGAUUGCUUCUCCUCCCCGUCGCCUGGUCUCGUCCGGAGCUCUGUCCCGGGUUCCUCCUUCUCGCCCUUUGGCCGAUUCCGCCGCCGGCCAGCGCCGGAAAGGUGCGGCCUUUCCGCCGCCCUGGCGGAGGACCGGCGUCCCCUGGUUCUUCAGCGAUGCACAACCGAGAGCACCACGCGGCCGGUAGAGAUGCCGGAAGGGAGGGCAGUGGAGGCUUUGGUGGCCGGGAGGGUGGCCCACCAUCAGUCAGCGCCGGUUAACGUCCCUGUGUGGCCGAGGUGGAGGAGCGAGCGGAAAGAUGAUGUCUUGGAUGGAUUGGAGGAAGAGGAAGGACGGGAGGGCGAGGAGGAGGAGAUGGUGCCGCCUCAUGUGAUCGUGGCGAGAUCGCACGUGAUGACGUUCUCGGUGUUCGAGGGCGUGGGGAGGACCCUCAAAGGGAGGGAUCUCCGGCGGGUGAGGAAUGCCGUGCUGCAGAAGACCGGCUUCCUCGACGUGUAA